AUACCGCCUGGCUGUCACAGCAGCAGCAGCAGCAGCGCCAACAGAAGCCAUCCAUCCUCCGCAGCGCUUCACCUUUCCCAGUGUACCUCCUUAUAUCCCGGCAGACAUGGAGCUGUUCUCGCCCUCCGCAUUCCGCGCCUUUGCGCUUUAGCCGUGCGCUCCCGUACCAAAGCACGGCUGGGCAGAGCGAGAGGCACCAGUGAUAUUCUCUUGGUCCAGCACGAGAGAUCACCGUAGAGAGGAGGGGAGCCCAGAGAGGAGGACCACACGCUCGGUCGUGACAGCAGAGGCCGUUCUCGGAUAUUUGGCAAACUAAGAGUGGCUUCUUUUUGUUGUUCUCCAUCAUGGCGUGUGACUCUCCAGCUCAGAGCCAGUUUGAAAUCGACCUGUCAGCUUUGAAGGAUCCUUCGGGCAUCUUUGACCUGGUUGAGCUGGUAGGAAAUGGCACCUACGGCCAGGUGUACAAGGGUCGCCAUAUUAGAACAGGACAGUUGGCAGCCAUCAAGGUCAUGGAUGUCGCUACGGACGAGGAGGAAGAGAUCAAGUCUGAAAUCAACAUGCUGAAGAAGUACAGCAAUCACAGGAACAUCGCCACUUACUUUGGAGUAUUCAUCAAGAAACAGCCUCCUGGCAUCGACGACCAGCUUUGGCUUGUCAUGGAGUUCUGUGGAGCUGGCUCGGUGACAGACUUGAUCAAAAACACCAAGGGCAACUCGCUAAAGGAGGACUGGAAUGCUUACAUCUGCAGAGAGAUUCUCAGGGGUCUGGCUCAUCUACAUCAGCACAAGGUCAUCCACAGAGACAUCAAAGGACAGAACGUGCUGCUGACUGAGAAUGCCGAGGUCAAGCUAGUGGAUUUUGGCGUUUCGGCCCAGAUGGACAGAACGGUGGGAAAGAGGAACACAUUUAUUGGGACACCGUACUGGAUGGCGCCAGAGGUUAUUGCCUGUGAUGAAAACCCUGAAGCCACCUACGACUGCAAGAGUGAUUUAUGGUCCCUGGGGAUCACAGCGAUAGAGAUGGCUGAAGGAGCGCCUCCGCUGUGUGAUAUGCACCCAAUGAGAGCCCUUUUCCUCAUUCCACGCAACCCAGCCCCCAGACUCAAAUCAAAGAAAUGGUCAAGGAAGUUCCAGUCAUUCAUUGAAAACACUCUGGUGAAGAGCCACAGCCACAGGCCCAGCACAGAACAGCUCCUCUUGCAUCCCUUCAUCACAGAGCUUCCCAACGAGAGACACCUCCGCAUCCAGCUGAAGGACCACAUCGACCGCACGAAGAAGAAGCGAGGAGAGAGGGACGAGACAGAGUACGAGUACAGCGGCAGCGAAGAGGAAGAUGAGGAGAGGGAUAAAGGCGAACCAAGCUCCAUCAUCAACGUCCCGGGGGAGUCGACCUUAAGGCGAGAUUUCUUGCGCCUCCAGCAGGCCAACAAGGAGCGCUCGGAGGCGCAGCGGCGGCAGCAGCUGGAGCAGAAGCAGAACGACGAGCACAAGCGCUUGCUACUGGCUGAGCGGCAGAAGCGCAUCGAGGAGCAGAAGGAGCAGAGGAGGCGGCUGGAGGAGCAGCAGCAGAGAGAGCGUGAGCUGAGGAAGAGGUUUGAGGAACAGGAGAAGAUCCGAAGGGAGGAGGAGAGGAGGCAAGCGGCCAGAGAACAGGAGUAUAUCCGUAGACAGCUGGAGGAGGAACAGAGACAGUUAGAGAUUCUCCAGCAGCAGCUCCUACAAGAACAGGCAUUAUUGCUGGAGUACAAGCGUAAACAGAUCAUAGAGCAGCGACAGGCGGAACUCCUGCAGAUGAAGCUCCAGCAGGAGAGAGCCUACCUGGUGUCUCUACAACAGCAGCAGCAGCAGCAGCAGCAGGAGGGGAGGCAAGCGGAAAAGAAACCGCUUUACCACUUCAAGGAUGCCAGUCAUCCUAAUGACAAGCCAGCCUGGGCUAAGGAGGUGGAGGAGCGAUCUAAGAUGAACAGGCAGAGCUCGCCAGCGCUGCAGCACAAAGUGUCCCACCGCAUCUCCGACCCUUCCCUCCCUCCCCGCUCCGAGUCGUUCAGCAGCGGAGGCAUGAAGCCCACCCGCACCCCUCCCAUCCACCGCUCCAUUGAACCACAGAUGGCCCAUCUCAUUCCCUCGAAGGCCCACUCCGGCUCCAUGUCCGGCUCGCCAUCUCUCCAAGACCAAUCGGGCUCGGCGCAGAGCGAGGGGGCUGGCGUGGCGUCGCCGAAGCCCGAGAUGCCCCGUCAGAACUCAGACCCCAGCUCUGAUACCCCGGAGCCCCAGCAACACAUCAGCAGCAGGGAGGAACGAGAUCGAGACAGGACUGCUUGGUUGAGGGAAGAGGAUAUCCCCCCCAGGGUUCCCCAGAGGACAACCUCCAUCUCUCCAGCCCUUGUUAGAAAGAAUUCCCCAAAUGGUGGUGUGGGUCUGGGCCCUCGCUCCGGUUCCCAGCUCAUACGGGCCAGUAAUCCGGAUCUGCGCCGUUCUGAGCUUUCCCUUGAUGCCAUGCUGCAAAGAACGUCCUCUAACUCGUCAUCAUCGUCUUCUCCUUCAUCUCAGGGAGGCUCUUCCGAGAGGAGAGGCCAGACCAAGAAGGUCGGAACUCCUCCUGGAGCCAACGAAGAGGUCAAACCCAAACAGGAGGAAGGCCGGGAAUCAGCCAGACCCAGCAGACCUGCAGACUUAAGCGCACUGGCUAAGGAACUUAGAGAACUGAGGGUAGAGGAAGGAAGUCGGCCUCCAGUCAAGGUCACAGACUACUCAUCCUCCAGCGAAGAAUCGGAAAGCAGCGAUGAGGACGGGGCGGUGCUGGGGCACGACGGGACCGUUGCCGUUAGCGACAUCCCCCGCAUCAUGCCGGGAGUCCAGAGCAGCUCUGAGUCGUACGGUGGGCUGGCAGAGGACGCUCUGGGAGACUCCUAUAAUAGCUCCAGGGACAGUACUCUGAUGAUGAGAGAGGCCAAGGAAAGGAGGAGAGGUGGCCACUCCGAAAGCAAUGGUUUUAGCAAUCACAGUAACCAUGGCAACCUCCCUGACCUAGUACAGCAGAGCAACUCUCCCAACUCCACACCCACCACAGCUCUGCAGGAACUUAGCAACAUGGCCGAGUUUGGUUUGAGUGGGUCCAAAGCAUCGUUUACUCCCUUCGUUGACCCGCGUGUCUAUCAAACCUCCCCGAGUGAAAACGAUGAGAGCUCAGCAGCAGCCAUGUUUGCCAACGAGCUGCUGAGGCAGGAGCAGGCGCGACUAAACGAAGCCAGAAAGAUCUCUGUUGUUAAUGUGAACCCCACAAACAUCAGACCUCACAGCGACACGCCAGAGAUCCGAAAAUACAAGAAACGCUUCAACUCGGAGAUCCUUUGUGCUGCGCUCUGGGGUGUGAACCUCUUGGUCGGGACGGAAAAUGGUUUAAUGCUGCUUGACCGAAGUGGGCAGGGCAAAGUCUACAACCUGAUUACGAGACGGCGGUUUUUACAGAUGGAUGUGCUGGAGGGUCUGAAUGUGUUAGUCACCAUAUCUGGGAAAAAGAACAAGCUGCGUGUUUACUAUUUGUCCUGGCUGAGGAACAGAAUAUUACACAAUGACCCAGAAGUCGAGAAGAAACAGGGUUGGAUCACUGUUGGGGAGCUGGAGGGCUGUGUGCAUUAUAAAGUUGUAAAGUAUGAGAGAAUCAAGUUUCUGGUGAUUGCACUUAAGAACUCAGUGGAAAUCUACGCCUGGGCACCAAAGCCUUACCACAAAUUCAUGGCCUUUAAGUCGUUCACUGAGUUGCAGCACCGUCCUCAGCUGGUUGACCUCACAGUGGAGGAAGGCCAGAGGUUAAAAGUUAUCUAUGGCUCUUGUGUGGGCUUCCAUGUCAUUGAUGUGGACUCAGGCAAUCCCUACGACAUCUACAUCCCCUCACAUUGUUCCAAACACAUGAAGAUCCAGAGUCAGGUGACGCCCCAUGCUAUCGUUGUUCUCCCUAAGACUGAUGGAAUGGAGAUGCUGUUGUGCUAUGAGGACGAGGGGGUCUACGUCAACACGUAUGGACGCAUCACCAAGGACGUGGUGCUACAGUGGGGGGAGAUGCCUACCUCUGUUGCCUAUAUCCAUUCUAAUCAGAUUAUGGGCUGGGGGGAGAAAGCCAUAGAGAUCCGCUCCGUUGAGACGGGUCAUCUGGACGGCGUGUUCAUGCACAAGAGAGCCCAGAGACUUAAAUUCCUGUGUGAGCGGAAUGAUAAGGUAUUCUUUGCGUCGGUGCGUUCGGGAGGUAGUAGCCAGGUGUUCUUCAUGACCCUCAACAGAAACUCGAUGAUGAACUGGUGACCCUCCUCCCUGUCCACUCUGCCUCGCUCUCCCAUUGGCCAGUACAACAACCCCGUUGUUUCUCCUGCGGGCUAAUGCACCACAAAUGAAACGAACCCAACUGACCUGGAUCGUCGCAAAUGGACUUUUUUUUUUCUUCUUCUUCUUUUUUUCGCUCUAAAGACAAAUGCUGAGUAUGAAAAAAAAUUGUUCCAGAAGAGACUAAAUAUCCUAGAUUGAUCUGGGUCACGGAGAAGCCAUUGUUACUUAACUGACUGGCACUGACUUUCCACAUUUCCUCUUUCUUCGUCUUUUCCUUCCCUGUUGUCUCUCUUCUUUUUUGACCAGUGGAUUUAAGAGUUUACCUUUUUACACCUGCCUCCUUCUACCAAUCCUAUUUCCCAUCAUCCGACUGCCUUGACUUCUGUUUUCCUCUCAUCCAUCUUGAGUGAGCUCAUCCACAAACAGCUCUGAAGGCCUUUGAUCAAAUCUGAAGAUGUCACUAUUGGAAAGGCAGCGCCAAGACAAAACUGAUGACAGGACUACAAAUUUAUUCUGAAUGUCGGUAAUCAAAGCUGACAGCCUGUUUGAUUUUCACUCACAUCCUCUCUCACUUCCUCUCAGCUCCAUCUUUCUGUGCUCUGACCAAACUACCUUCUUAUUUCACGAUCGAUCACAUUUCUCUUGACAGAGGCAUUGGUGCACUCCGCUGUGAAAUGGAUCGUAACAAUAUGCAAUACGUUCUCUUUUUCUGUUUCUUCUUCUUCUUCUCCACUACACUCCUCGUCCCUCUCUGUACUUUUUAAACUCUGAAGGUGCUGCAUCAGAUUUACUGUAAUCUUAAAUGAACAAAAAGGGGCCCAGGCGGGAAACAUUCUGUUAGCUUCUGUUUUCAUUCUGUGGAAGAUUUCGGAGUUUAGUGAUUCCUUAAUGUUAGUGGAAACAUACAGCACAUCUGAGUCUCUGAAAUCAGGAUUGAUUGUGGGUGUGCGUGUGGGUGUGAUCAUGUGUGUGUGUCUUUAACUUGUUACAAAAGUUUAAAUCAAGCCAGAAUCGAGGCUAGACGUUGAUAUCAAUGUCAGGCUGCAGUAUUUCAAUCUUUCACUCGACUCGAUCAACAAAAAACAAAAAACAUUGAGUUUGUUUACAUGCACAGAUAUUACAUUAUUUCAUAGUGUAAAGUUUAUGAGUUUCUGCAUCUGAGCAGUGCGCAUUUAAAGAAUGCAAUAUGCAGGAUGAUUUUGUUUCUUUUCAUUUUCUUAAUAAGGUGGUUGUUGUUGUUUGGUUUUGCUUAUCCUGAACUCAGCCUCAACAGGAUCUGAACUGCUGUCCCCAACUACUGUGUGCAUGUGUACAGCAUUCACUACUGAACACUGUGGGAUCCUUUUAAAUCAUGCUCCGCCUCCUGUUGGCUCAUCUGAUUUUUGGCUCCUAGAUGUUUGUACAGUGCCGAGCAUGAUGUAAGCGAAACUUAAAAAUGGAAGCCAAAAGGGUAGUAAGGAUUACUGAUCACUUUUUAACUACUGUCUUGUUUUUAUUGUUAUUGCUGUUGUUUGUUUGUGUUUUUACCUCCAGUAGUGAUUUUUACUUUUUUGGGGGACUGUUUUUAUUUUAAUGUAACACAUUGCUGAUUACCUAUUUUGUCUUCACAGACAGAGAUAUGCAUUAAUAAAUUUAAGUCUAAUUUUCUUUUUUUGGAAAACAUUUUUUUCCUCAAAAUAUCAAGCACAUAAGUAUAGUACAGAUGUUGAUUUUCUUUCUUUUUUCUUUUUUUUUUUUUUUUUUUUUUACCAAUUUCACAAAGUAAUGUUGAACAUUCUGGAGCUGCUGGAGUAACUAGAGGAUCUUUUGCCAUAUGUUAUAUUUCGGAAUGAAGUUACUCCUAAGCGGGAAUUUAAA